AUGUACGAGCUGGAUGAAGAUUUUGAUGCGUGGCUCGUGAAUAUUCAAGAUGCCCUGAGUGCGGUUGAGCCCGAUCGCCGCUUAGCCUGCAUCAUGAGGUUCUUGUCAAAAGAAGCCGCAUUAAGAGCACACAGAGCAGGCUGUACGCCUAAGAUGCCGUAUGAGAACCUUGAACAGACGUUGAGGGAUAACUUCGUUAGCCACUCCGACAGAUCUCGUCGGCUCUGGGAACUAGAUCAGCGGAAGUUACGUUACGGGGAGACCGUUAAAUGCUAUGUGGACGAGUUAUAUAAUAUGGUCUCCAAUGUACAUUGGGCAAGUCCCAGGAGGAGACUGUUAAACCUUUCAUAUUGGGCCUCACCACAGAUGAGGUCUGACUUUAUGGGUACCUCAUCGACCGCACCUUGGCGGUGGUCGAAGAAACCAUUUCCCAGGACCCAAAUCUGA